UACUACAUAAACAGACACAUUUAGUCAUAAAGUUAAAUAUUUAACAAUGGAACUUUUACUCCCACAUCCUUCAAACUCAUCUCCUCUGACUGUUCUCGGUUUCUUAGACCGAGCAGCCUCCGUUUACGGCGACUCUCCUUCCCUCGUCCACGCGACCACCACCCAUACUUGGUCUGAAACCCACUCUAGAUGUCUUCGUGUCGCUUCGACUCUUUCUUCAUCCUCCCUCGGAAUCAACCGUGGCCAAGUUGUCUCCGUUAUUGGUCACAACGUCCCUUCUGUCUACGAGCUUCAGUUCGCUGUUCCAAUGUCUGGCGCGGUCCUCAACAACAUCAACCCUCGUUUGGACGCUCAUGCACUCUCUGUUGUUCUGCGCCACAGUGAAUCCAAGCUCGUUUUCGUUGACCAUCAGUCGAGUUCUUUAGUCCUUGAAGCUGUCUCGUUCUUGCCCAAGAAUGAGAAACCUCGUCUUGUCCUCCUCCAAGAUGACAGCAACACAUCGGACAUUGCCAACAUGUCAACCUCUUCGUCCGCUGACGUGGAUUUUCUCGACACAUACGAAGGUGUUAUGGAGAGAGGAGACUCGGAGUUCAAGUGGGUCCGUCCUAACAACGAGUGGAACCCAAUGGUGCUUAACUACACCUCGGGAACGACGUCGUCUCCCAAGGGUGUGGUACUUAGCCAUAGAGCAGUUUUCAUGAGCACGGUUAACUCUUUGCUCUACUGGUCUAUGCCUAACCGACCAGUCUACCUAUGGACACUACCGAUGUUCCACGCCAACGGUUGGGGCUACACAUGGGCCACAGCCGCUGUGGGGGCCACAAACAUAUGUGUCAGAAGAGUAGACGCUCCCACCAUUUUCGAGUUGAUAGACAAACACCAAGUGACUCACAUGUGCGCCGCGCCGAUGGUUCUCAACAUGUUGACUAACUAUCCAGCUCGGAAGCAGCUUAACCGACCGGUCCAGGUUAUGACAGCCGGAGCUCCUCCUCCGGCCACGGUCAUCUCCAGCGCCGAGAAUCUAGGUUUUAAUGUGAGUCACGGUUACGGGCUGACGGAAACUGGCGGUCUAGUUGUCACGUGCGCGUGGAAGCCCGAGUGGGACGGGCUAGGACAAGACGAGAGAGCAAAGCUCAAGUCAAGGCAAGGGAUCAGAACCGCGGUGUUCGCGGAAGCUGACGUGCUGGACACGCUAACGGGAAAGAGCGUGAAGCGCGACGGAGUCACUGUGGGAGAGAUCGUCUUCAGAGGCGGUUCAGUCAUGUUGGGAUACUACAAAGACCCGGAAGGCACCGCGGGGUGUAUGAGAGGAGACGGAUGGUUCUACACUGGAGACAUUGGUGUGAUGCACCCGGACGGUUACUUGGAAGUCAAGGAUAGGUCAAAGGAUGUGAUCAUAUGCGGAGGAGAGAACAUCAGCAGCACGGAAGUUGAGACGGUUUUGUACACGAACCAGGCGGUUAAGGAAGCGGCUGUGGUGGCUAAACCGGACAAGAUGUGGGGAGAGACUCCGUGUGCGUUUGUGAGCUUGAAGUGUGGUGAUGAUGGUGGGGCUGUUACUGAGAGAGAGAUAAGGGAGUUUUGUAAGAAGAAGCUACCGAAGUAUAUGGUUCCAAGGAAUGUGGUUUUCAUGGAGGAGCUUCCGAAGACUUCUACCGGAAAGAUUCAGAAGUUUCUUCUUAGACAAAUGGCUAAGUCUUUGCCUUGAUUGAACUACACAAUCUUAAGUACACUGUAUGGUUUACCUAAAGUAGAAGUCUCUGGUUCAUUAGUUUGUCUCUAUUUUCUUGUCGCCAAUCAUUAAAUGUUUGUCCGGUUCUUAGUA